GAUGCCCAUAUUUACGGUGGUGGUGUCGAGUAGGAAGUGGGGGUCGUUGUUCUCCGAAGUCGCCCAAAGAAAGGGGCAGGCUCCCUGGUGGCACAGGAAAGUCUUUCCUUACCCCCCCACGAGGAACAGAGAGUGAAAAGGGGUCGCUGUCGACGUGUGGAUGGGAGCAAUGGGAGUUAUGGAUCGGAACGGGAUUACGUUCCGAGAGUGAAGCUGCCGCUGGUAGUGGGGGCUAGCCUCCUUCUGGGUGAUGUUGAAGAGCUUUACGUCUGCUGGAGCUCCUCCUGGUCUCUCUUCGAGGUUACUGUGCUCAACGUGAGCUAUCGAGUAUAUCAGGAGCUUCCAUGCCUUUUCUGGCCUGUUCCUGUUUUUCCAGGAGAGAAGUAGAGUCAAUUGAUGCUGGAAGCCAGAGCAAUGAAGUUGCUAGACAGUCAAGGAGCACUGUGCAAGAUGCUAGCAUAAUAUACACCAACAGUGCCAGUCACUAUGAGCUUCUAUCUGAACUAGGCAAGAGUUUUAGUAAUUUAACCACAGUGAACUUGGCUAAACACAUCCCAUCAGGUAAAAUGGUGGUUGUGAAACGCACUAAUAUGGACACCUGUUCUGAAGACAAUCUAGCCUCCCUGCAGAAUGAGCUUCUUGUCUGGCAAUUUCUCCGGCACCCAAACAUUCUGCCACACAGAGCCAUUUUCACGCAGGGCUGCGAGCUAUGGGUCAUUAUGGCAUUCACAGCUUAUGGUUCAGCCAGCAGCCUCCUAAAGUUGUAUUUUACUGAAGGCAUGAGUGAAAGUCUCAUUGCACACAUUUUUCAUGGAGUUUUGAAGGCACUGGAUUAUAUUCACCGAAUUGGAUGCAUUCACAGAUGUGUUAGACCCAACCACAUGUUAAUAUCUGGAGAGGGUCACAUUUACCUCACUGGUCUGCAUGGUCUCUGCAAUAUGAUCACAGAUGGACAAAGGCUAAAGGUUGUGUAUGACUUCCCAGAGUUCAGUGCAUCUGUUUUGCCUUGGCUGAGCCCUGAGGUUCUCCAGCAGGACUUGCAUGGAUAUGAUGCAAAGUCUGACAUCUACAGCCUUGGGAUCACAGCAUGUGAGUUAGCCAGAGGCCAAGUUCCCUUUCAAGAUAUGCUGCCUACACAGAUGCUGCUUCAGAAACUGAAGGGCUCAUUGUGUCUAGUGGACUUCAGUUUUCCUCCAGAGAAUUUACUGAUGAAGAAUUAUCGCUCUGGUGUAGAUUCUGGAAUUGGAGAGAGUGUUGCACCCUGCAGCAGGCUGAGGACAAACACAAAGGAAGGAUCUCAGAAUUCUAUGAAGAAAACAUUCUCGUCAGCCUUUCACAGCUUUGUGGAGCUCUGUCUACAGAGGGAGCCUGGAAAUCGACCAUCAGCAAGUAUGUUGUUGACCCACCCCUUUUUCAGACAGGUGCUGUCACAGUGGGCUGUCUGAGAUUCUGGACCUUUACAUCUCAGAAUGUGGCAGAUGAGGGCUGUGAGAAAGGGACCGUGGGGGUAGUAUGAGUG